AGUUCAACACCAUCGUUACUUCCCUAGCACUGUAAGCGUCAAAUAUUGUACGUAUUGCAAAGUAUCAUAGCUUCUUUGGAAGUACCAUCUGAUUUUGGUCGAAACCAUCGGUACAGUAUUGUACAGACUGUACAAACGUACAUCCCGUGGCGUGAGAUCUGAAGAAGCUUGAAAAGCUUUUAUUACUACGGCGUUAGUUUGUGGAUCUUUCACUUUUUGAGUGUCAUAACGUUGCUGAUUCACGAUGAACUUCAGCGUUUUAUGCCUGCUGGCUUUUUGCGCUACUAGCGUAUAUGGAUUGGACAAUGGCCAAUCGUCUGUCAGCACCUUACGAGAACAAGCGGAUUCGCUGUGGAACAGCGCUCGGAUUACGGUGCACAACCUGAACGUUCCACCGGUAGACAAACAACUCGCCAAUUCCAUUUUGGAACACAUCAUCCAAACAGCCCAGAACAUCAUACAACACAUCCAAGCGAUCCUUACCGACAACCAAAACACCGCCACCACUCUGCAAAAUCAGCUGCAGAUGCUGACCAAUGAGCUGCACGGUGCAGCCAAUCAGGACGCGACCAGUCGCAGCGUCAUGGCUCUGCGCUCAUUCGUGGAAGUGUACUCCGUAACGGAAAGUCUGAAAGCCAAGAACAGCCCGCUGACACAAGCCAUUGUCGACCUGAUCAACCAGUUCAAUCUCGAGCACCAGAUCACCGGCACACUCAGUAACACGGUCAUCCAGAUGGUCGCUGGAAUUAUCCACAGUCUGGGAUUCUCGCCUAUGGCUCAAGGCGCUGUCAGCGCUCUUCUAGGAGAGGAUUUAGCCCACUUCGUUUUCGAGCAAUUCCAACUGGGCGCAAGGUCUUCUGGAGAUGCGCAGCAUAGACUGUCCCCCAUUGCCGACAUGCUCCAGCAAAUGAGCCAAGCCUUGACUCCAGUACUGCAGCAGAUGCAGGAGUUGGUCCUCCAGGUGGUGAAGGACGUUCUCCAGGAAAUAUACGCCAACGCGGCACCAGUGGUCAGCGAUUUCCUUAACGCCUUUCAGAGCACACUGAGCGUUCCCAGUAAUCAGUUAUACCAAAAAACUGUGCAGCGCCUUGCCAAAGUGUUUUAAUUUCGCUGACACUCUGCAAGUUUCGGUUCGUUCGUAUCGAUUCAAAGUCGGUUGAAUUUUAUGUUAAAUUUGCGAGAUUUCAAGAAUUUGAAGUGAUGCGGGUUUAAGCGGAGAUACUAUACUUCUACUUUAUGUACGAGUAUGCAUGUUAGUGAUAUACGAGUAUGA